AUGCUUAAAGGCUUAGAAAAGGCAAGGUUACCAAACCGGUGGAUGCAUUGGGCCACGCUACUUAUUGUGGUGCUAGGCUCGACAAAUCUAUGUAUGUAUCUUGCACGGAAUCAUGCUGCUGAGAAAAAUCUGAAUAGAUUUAUUCCAUACUGUAGAGAUGACUAUAAAUCUAUUGCACCAGUCGUAAGCGAUAAGUUCAUUGAUAAGAUCGCAAAGAUCUUGAACGAUGCAGAUUUCAAAGAAGAUGUUGCCAAAAAGCUCUCCGGAGCUGUCAAGGUGCCAACCGUAAUUGGUGACGUUUUCCCAGAACCAAGUUCAGAUAUCGAGUAUUACUCUGAGUUCUUGAAGUUUCACGAUUAUCUAGAGAGUACAUUCCCAUUGAUUCACAAACAUCUCAGGAGGGAAAAGGUCAAUGAAAUAGGGUUAUUGUACACAUGGGAAGGCUCUGAUGAGAACUUAAAACCAGUCCUUUUCAUGGCUCAUCAAGAUGAAGUUUUGGUAAAUCCUGAAACGACUGACGAGUGGAAAUACCCUCCCUUCUCUGGCUAUUACGAUGGAGAAAAUGUGUGGGGUCGUGGAUCUUCUGACUGCAAGACAACAUUGAUUGGAGAACUGGUAGCAAUUGAGGAAUUGCUCAGAGAUGGUUUCCAACCUCAAAGAACUAUAAUUCUGCUAUUUGGAUUCGAUGAGGAAAGUGGAGGUGAAUUAGGAACCCUGAGACUGUCCCAAUUCUUGCAAGAUAGGUAUGGUCCUGAUAGUAUCUUCUCCAUUAUGGACGAAGGUAUGGGCGUGAUGGAAAUUGAACCUGGCUUGUAUGCUGCUGCCCCAAUUACUCAGGAGAGAGGAUUCGGAAAUAUUGAGCUGUCAAUCUCUGGGCCCGGUGGUCACUCCUCUGUUCCUCCAAAACAUACUAAUGUUGGAGUGUUGAGUGAGAUUGUGUACAAAUUGGAAAAUACUCCUUUCAAAUAUGUUGUUGAAGAUACCCACCCAUUCUUAUCGUAUUACCAAUGCGUUGCAGAUUUCUCGACAACUGUAGACCCAGGGUUCCGUCAUAUCAUUAAAAGAGCUGCUACGUCAAAUAAAUACAGAAAAGAAUUCGUGAAAGCACUUGAAGUGUUCAAUCCAACAGCAGCCUUGACUUUCAAGACAACAGAGGCUAUUGAUAUGUUCCAUUCAGGUGUAAAGGUCAAUGCCCUUCCUGAGACCGGCUCUGUCCAAAUCAAUUACCGUGUUGGAAUUCAUUCCAACAUUGAAGAAGUUUUGGAAAGAACAACCAACAUCGUGAACAAGGUUGCUCAAGCACAUGGCUAUAAUCUAACUGUUGGAGAAGAUAAUAAUAACGUUAUUUACUCGGAUCCAUCGAAUACAGGUUCUCUGACUAUGAAAUUGUAUACGACAAAAAACCCUUCUCCCAGAUCACCUAGUUAUCAAGACAAUGAUAAGGUUUGGGAUUUAUUCGCAGGGACCAUCAAAGAUUACUUUGAAAAUAGAGUUUUCUUGAAGGAAAAAGAGUCGGGUAAACCGCCAAAACUUUUCAUUACGACUUCUACCAUGACACCAAACACUGACACCAGACAUAUGUGGAAUUUGACAUCACACAUAUACAGAUUCCAAGGCGCUAUUUUCCCUCCAGAUCUCUUGAAAGGUGUUCAUUCUGUUAACGAGCACUCUUCAGUAUCCUCUGUUGUACAAAUAGCAGGAUUUGUGUAUGAAUAUGUUUUGAAUGCCGACCAAGCCAAUCUUGGAUACUAA